GUUUCUGGAAUUCCCUCCCUUUCUUCUCUCGCAAAAAAAAACAGCAUUUCUUCUCCAGAGAGAGGAGGGAGAGAGACGCUCGCCACCGCGGACGCGGAGGCACCACCGGCCGUUGUCGUCGGAGGAGUGCAGGGCCCGCUUGAGCCGAGCAGCUCAUGGCGGCCGCCCUCGAGCGGGCGGCCCCCGUCGUAGCCACCGCGCCUGGCGGAGGCGGGGCGGAAGGUCUGGAUCCGCAGUGGAGGAAGACGGCGGCGGCGGCGCUGCGGGGGCGGAUGGCGGCGCAUCGCGACUGGGAGGCUGGCUCCGCCACGCUACCGUCCGCCCACUCGCUCGCCCUCCAGGCCUUCUCGCGCCAAGGCACCCGGGAGCAGCUCAAAGGACUCAAGGAUGAGUUGCGCGACCUCCAAUCUCAGCUCACCGAAACUCUCUCCGUUCAAUUGUGCAAGGCAUCAAAGGGCAAACUCACCACCGAGUCGAUUUCAGACGCUACUGCUAUGAUCGAGCAGCUCGGUAACUUGGUUGCAGAUCUGAGGGACAAGAGAGACAAACGCACCACAGUCAUAUCCGAGGAACUUCAUGCUCUUGAACCACUUGAAGCAAGUAGUAAUGAAGAUGCAGCAGUGCAGGAUAAGAUGGAAGAAGCUAUUUUCUGGUAUGAAAAGUUUCUUGGCUUCAAGACUGUUGGAGGAGAAGAAGGUGUGAAGUUUGUUUUCAACAAGGUUGACCCACAAAGUCCAGAGAAGGAAUACUCAAUUUGCAUAAAUUUUGAUAAAGAUAGAUAUAACUCAGUGCUCCAAUGUGAUCCGCACAUCAAAGAUGUUGAGAAACUUGUGACAGAUUUGAAUUUGAGUGAUAAUGUAGUCAAGUUUUUAAGGAUCAUCAGAGAGAAAUUCCAGUCAUCUGCAAUGAAUGGAGCUCUUCCUAUAAGCCCAGUUGUUGAACCAGAUGCCUCUGCUGCACCAAUUCCAUCUCCCAUGGUGACUUCAGUUGACGGCAGGAGUGAGGAUGUUCCGAAGCAGUCUCUUCCUGCUAAGAGAGGAGCCACAGCCCGAUCAGCAACACCUCCUGGCAGCUUUCGUCGUUCCUCACGUGUCAAGGGCGUGCGGUGAGCUGGCAGCCAAGCAGAUUCUGACCUGGACAAGCUGAUGAAUCCUCCUCUUUUGCCUGCGAUUCGGUGGAAGCCUAGAAGGAACCAUGUGAUUAGCUGAUAUGGCGUGGUGAUUCUACUGUUCUUAUGGUGCUUUUUGCCCCCUUCUUCUAAUUGGAACCUUAUGGUGUGGGUGUGGUGGCUCGGCAGAGUGGCUAACUUUGCCUGUAAAUAGUUUGUUAUAGUCUGCUAUAAGUGUUGUCGUUGAGAUCUCCACAACCAUGAGUAGAAAGUGACUACUUGGUUUUCUGAAAUUUCCAUGACUAACAGAGGGCCCACUGAAGCAUGCCCAAUUGCCCAAGUACUACUUGUUUUGGUGAGUGUACACUUUGGCCGCUGAGUCUGAAUGUACCAAUGUGCUGUUCCAUGCUAUACGGGAUGUACCAAUGCCCGUACCAA